AUGCUGGGCAUACCUAAAUAUUUUGGCCUGCGAGGCAGUGCCCUCAACUUUGCUAUCAGUUGGAUUGCUGGUCUUGAUUUCUUGCUUUUUGGCUACGACCAAGGUGUGACCGGUGGUUUGUUGGAUCUGCCCUCGUUCACCAAGUACUUCCCGGACAUCAACCCCGAAGAACCCGGCAUCGGCGAUGCGUUGAAAUCUCAACGGUCUUCAAACCAAGGAAUUGCUGUGGCGGCUUAUAAUCUGGGAUGCUUCCUCGGCGCCGUUUUCACCAUCUUCGUCGGCAACCCUCUGGGUCGUCGCAUGACCAUCUUCAUCGGCUCGGUUAUCAUGACGGUUGGUGCUCUGCUGCAAUGCACCUCGUACGACCUCCCGCAGUUCAUUGUUGGACGAAUCGUUACAGGAUGGGGCAACGGCAUGAACACUAGUACUGUGCCGACUUGGCAAUCCGAGACCGCGCAGGCUCACGCCCGUGGCAAGCUGGUCAUGAUUGAAGGCAUGCUGAUUACAGCGGGUAUUACGAUCAGUUACUGGCUCAACUAUGGCAUGGCAUGGAUUGGCGAAGAUGAAGUCUCGUGGCGUUUCCCGCUGGCCUUCCAGAUCGUCUUCGCCUUGAUUAUUUUUGGCACCAUUCUCAAUCUUCCCGAGUCUCCGCGUUGGCUGGUGAUGCAGGGCCGGGAGGAAGAGGCGCUCGAAGUUUUAGUAGCGCUGAACGACAAGGACCACGACGAUCCGUUCAUCGCGAACGAAUUCGAAUCGGUCCGGUUGACCGUCCAGGAGAUGUCCAAGGGCUCCUAUGCUAGUCUCUUCCAGAUGUCCGAAUAUCGCGAGUUCCACCGAGUGGUGCUCGCGUAUGUCUGCCAGAUGUUCCAGCAGAUCUCCGGUAUCAACCUGAUCACAUACUACGCCCCGAUUCUGUUCGAGAAAAUCAAUCUUGAGGACAACAACUAUCCGAAGCUACUGGCUGCCUGUAAUGGAACGGAGUACUUCUUGGCGUCUUUGGUCCCCAUUUUCAUCAUUGAACUGGUUGGCCGACGCAAGCUGAUGCUUGUCGGGGCGGCGGGUAUGUCGCUCUCAAUGGUUGCCCUUGCCGUCUCAUUGCAUGUGCUGGACACCGGCAACAAGAAGGCCGGGCCUGCUCAAGCCGUGUUCCUUUUUGUGUUCAAUACCUUCUUUGCUCUGGGCUGGCUGGGAAUGACAUGGUUGUAUCCCGCCGAGAUCGUGCCGCUGCGUAUUCGAGCCCCUACGAACGCACUGGCGACCAGUGGGAACUGGAUCUUCAAUUUCAUGGUCGUGAUGAUCACGCCAGUCGCAUUCGACAGUAUCGGAUACAAGACGUAUAUCAUCUUCGCUGUUAUCAACGCCUUCAUCUUCCCCGUCGUGUACUUCUUCUACCCGGAGACGCGGUACCGCUCCCUGGAAGAAAUGGAUGACCUCUUCAAGAAGUCCUCGAGCGUCUUCGACAUCGUGUCCAUCUCUCUCACUGAGCCGCACCGCUAUGACAGACAUGGCCAGCUUCGCCAGGACUACAUUGAAGACAUCGAGCGGCGCAUGAGCGUCCGUGAAGAUGCCAAAAUAGAGCACUCGGACAGUUCUUGA